AUACCCACAAAAAGACCCAAAAAAACAUAUAUUGGCAAAAACAGUGAACAUAGAGAGAAAAUGGGGGAUUGUGAUCAGUGUGUAAAAGAGGAGGAGACUCCAUUGAAGCCACACUUUGUGCUUAUUCAUGGCAUAGGCGGAGGAAGCUGGUGUUGGUACAAGCUCAAAAGCAUGAUGUACAACUCUGGAUACAAGGUCACUUGUAUAGACCUUAAAGGGUCUGGCAUAGAUCCUACUGACCCUAACACUAUCCUUUCCUUUGAUGAAUACACCAAGCCUCUCCUUGAUUUCUUGUCUUCAUUGCCUCAUGAUCAAAAGGUGAUAUUGGUAGGACAUAGCGCAGGGGGACUAAACAUAACAUUAGCAACUUACAAGUUUCCGAAUAAGAUAAGUGCUGCAAUAUAUGUUGCAGCUACCAUGCUUAAAAAUGGACUUCUAACAGAACAAGACACUAAAGACGGAGUACCUGACUUAUCUGAAUAUGGUGAUGCUUAUGAUUUGGUAUUUGGAUUAGGAGCUAAUCAACCUCCUACAUCCGCAUGCAUUAAAAAGGAGCUCCUACGUAAAAUCUCAUAUCAUAUGAGCCCUUUAGAGGAUUACAUAUUAGCCUCGAUGCUACUACGACCAGGCCCCCUUUGCGCAAUACUAAAUGCUCGAUUUCCAGAAGCUAACGAAAGCAUAGAAAAGGUGCCUAGAGUAUACAUUAAGACGAUGUAUGAUAACGUUGUGAAACCACAUCAACAAGACAGCAUGAUUGCGAAAUGGCCGCCUUCACAAGUUUAUGUAUUGGAGAGUGAUCACCACCCAAAUUUCUCUAGUCCUUUUGCUUUGUUCGGGUUAUUUGCUAAGGUUGCAGCUUCAAUUGGUUACAACUAAUUAAUGGAUUUUUGGUUUUAUUUAGUUAGACUUGACUUUGUGUGACUAUAUAUAUAGCUCCAAAUAUUUAUUUAUGUAUUUAUACUAUAUUAAGUGAACGUCCUUCCUUAAA